UUCGGUGGGGAAGAAGACCCGCUGUGUAAAUGUGCGAGAUUCCUCGAAACCAGUCUGGCAGCCUUUGAGCAAUUGUUGAAAUUUUUCGGACGUUUCGCACAACUUUCGCUCUUCUUCUUCAGCACCAGCAGCACUAUAGGCGGAGGAGGAACGACCUUGCGGGUGUCAAAGGGAUUCUUGUAGUCGAUUGGGAUCAACGUCUUGUAAUCGUGCUGAUAGGUACUUUCCAUCGGCCCGUAACUCGCCGAGUGAUUCCAAAAUGCAGUUGAUGCAGGCGGUUGGGCUUUGACUGUUGGGCAAAUCACAACCGGCUUCCGGUAAUCGUGUUGGUACGUGCUCUCCAUCGGACCGUAACGGAUAGCUGGAUUCCAGAGCUCAGCCGACGGAGUCGUGUCGAAUAUGAGCCGAUUUAAUUUGUCGCAAACGAACAACGAAUCUGUUUUCUUCAUCCAACUGGAAUAAUCCAUUUAUGGCUAUGAACUGGUACACUCAACUUUCUCCGGCUUGCCAGGCAGCAGCCACAGCUAUUCCAGAAUUCAUUCUAGGAAUCCUCUUUUGCGGAAUGAUUGCGCUGGCGUGGAAGACGGCAGUUUGGAUCCACCGGUCCACAUUCCGAGUUGUAUUCGUGUGCCGAGUGUCGGACGUCUUGCGAUUCCUCUUCUCAGCCGAAAAUAAUAAGAACAAUCGAGAAUAUGUCAUCCGACUGAUGAUCCACGACAAUUCAACUCGACUCGAUUACGACGAUGGCCAGUGCGCCAUUUGCCUCGGCCCUCACGUCAAGAAAUCGCGGACCACUUGCGGGCACGUUUUCUGUUUGAAAUGUCUCGUCCAAUGGUCCCGGGUCAAAUUGGAAUGCCCGACCUGCAAGCACCCGUUCGACGCCUUUUGCAAAGGAUUCCAACCGUUUGACAACAACUAUUACGCAUUGCAACAAUUCGAACGAGGGAAUCUCGAUCACAUUUUCAUCGAGCUGCUGCUGGUUGUGCUGUUGCCGGCCGCAAUAAUCGGAUUGACCGUUUACUUCGCCGCGGGAUGGAUCAUGUUGAAAAUUCUGAAUUACGCCGUAUCGUCGCAGACGGUCACCCAGUUUCUGGCGUUCAGGACGACAGUCAAUUCGCACGGGGCAGUCCCGGUGACUGGCCAUUAGCUUUAAAUAUGUUUUUGGGUUGACUGGUGUGUUUAGAAGCAUACAACGUGAUAUUGCAAUACAAACUUGUGAUCAAAAUUUUCAUUUGUUUGGACUUCAAAGCCGGAAAUUUACGUUAUAGAAAUACACCUGUCUUUAGCUUGUACUAUUUUAUGCCGUUUACUUUUAUUGGGACGUAUUGUUUAGCUGCACGUGUCGAAGGUUUCAAGGUAAUUAA